AUGAAGAAGAUUUUCGGAGGUCCGGGAACUGCGUGUGGAUUGUUACUGAGAAUCGGGCAAUGUGCUUCAGCUGCUGCAUCCAUCGGCGUUAUGGUCUCUGCGAAAGAUUUCUCUGUUCACACUGCUUUUUGCUACUUGAUUGCUUCAAUGGCUCUUCAAUUGUUGUGGAGCUUUGGUCUCGCAUGUCUUGAUGUUUAUGCUCUAAGGAGCAAGAAAGAUCUUCAAAACCCGAUCUUGGUUAGCUUAUUCGUCGUUGGUGAUUGGGUGACUGCAAUGUUAUCUCUUGCAGCUGCAUCUUCAUCAGCAGGAGUUAUAGUCUUAUACGCCAAAGAUCUCGGGUAUUGCGAUGUUCCAAGCAGAGUUGCGUGUCUUAGGUAUGAAGUAGCUGUAGCGCUUUCUUUCGUCACUUGGGUUCAAAUCGCCGUUUCUUCUCAUGUUACAUUUUGGAUCUUAGCCUCGGUUUAG